AUGGCGGCGGCGCCAAACCCCGUGAGCCUUGGGAAUCCCCGCUCCCGCGGCGACCGCAUCCUGGCCUUGCUGGCGCCCUACCUCAGCUUUGCCGACCACCUCACCCUGCGCAUCGUCUGCCGCGGCUGGCGCCGCUCGUGCCGCCUCCUCGGCCGCGCGCCGCCGCCCUUCCCGUGGCUCAUGCUUCCGCCGCCGUCCCCCACGCGCGGGCCCCCUGCCCCCGGCGCCGCGCAGCGCCGAGUCUUCUACGACAUCCCCAGGGGGAGGACCUACGCAUACGCGGUCCCCGCGCUCCACCGCUACGUCGCGAGCCGCGGCGGGUGGCUCGUCCUGGCCGCCGUGCAUCCGCCGCGCCGGCUCGUGCUGAUGAACCCCAUCACUGGCGCGCGGGGGGUCAUCGCGUGGCCGUUCGGGGAGAAGGUCAUCGAUGGUUUCCACGCCGUCCUGACGUCGUCGCCCGCCGACCCUGCGUGCUUCCUCGCGGUCGCCACGGACAGGCUGGUCGCGUACUGCCGCCCCGGCCGCGGCGGGGGCUGGGUCACGCUGCGCGCCCCGGGGUUCCGCUACGACACGGCCGGCAGCGACGUCCUUGCCGUCGGCGCCACGGUUUACCUCGUGGACGAGAGGAGGAAGCUCUGGCGCGCGGACCUAGCCGCCGCGGAGCCCAAGGUGGAGCGCAGGGACACGGCGUUCGCGCUCCCGCAGGGGGAGAGGAGGCUCCACUACCUCGUGAAGUCGCUCGGUCACGUCCACCUCGUGGUCUCGGACGAGCACCACAAGCGCAUGGCCCUCUUCAGGCUGGACUGGCACGCGAGGAUGUGGGUGCCGACGCCCGCGGAUGGCCUCGGCGACCGCGUGCUGCUUCUGGGCCGCGGGUGCUCGGCGGCCGUGCCAUCUUGGGCCGCCUCAGGCCGCGCGCCGGGCACGGUGCUGAUUGCGCGCCAGGCGUGGGGUUUCCUGCACGUGGGCUCAGACGCUCGUGGUGGUGAGCAACCCUGGUUCUGGACUGAGUCGCGGCUGAAUGCCGGGCUGGAUGAUCAGAUGGCGCUGAAGAAGACGGUGCCGCACCGGCCGGGCGUGUUCACCGCCGGUGACUCGUUCUGGUUCUUCCCUGGCAUUGAUUCAACUGAAUGUGCAUAG